UUUCUGCCCUGCAGUACAAGUGUAGUAAUAAGGAUGCAGUAUUGCUGCAGAUAGUGAAAGUCUCAAUAACUUGUGUUCUUUGAGUGACUGUCUGAGACUAAUAUCUAGUGGACGUUUUAUUAUCAGUGACUUUACAGCAGCGUUCCUCUUUCUAUUCCUGGAGAGACACAACAGAGUUACUGAACCAGUCCAGCUGUUACUGAACACACCUGAAUCAACUAAGAAUAGUUUUUACAUUUAAAAUAACAGGCAGGUGUGUUGAAGCACAGUCAAAACUGAACUCAGUAGGAAUGAGGCUCUCCAGGACAAGGAAUAAGAAACCUGGGUCCCACUUUAUAUUUGGUGGCCUUAACUACUAUGUACUUAUAUUUAAAUUAAUCAUUUGAUACAAUGCACUUAUUGUGUACAUGCAUGUUUUUACAUUGUAAUUACCUGCAUGUAAUUACAUUUAUAAUUACAUUUUUGACCCUUCUCUUACACCUUAACUCACCCUUAAACCUACCCAUACCACCAAACCUGUCCAUAACUUUACCCAUAUCCCAACUCAAUAGCAGCAAAGUGUUUUGAAAUACAAUAUGAACACAAUAAGUGCAUUGUACUUAUUUUUUUGAUGUAACAUAGUAUUUAAGGCCACCUAAUAUAAAGUGCUUUACAGAUUUGCAGACACACAUUUUUCACACGUCACUCAAACACAGAACCAGGAAACAGGAAACUUUUCAGUUCAGAGAAACUGAAACUGAAGUGUAGUUGAGCUGUUGAGUGCUUGUGUCUCUGUAUUCAUGCACUAAAAUGGGAGAAGCCAGAAUUUCUCAGGAUGAGUUCAAGUGUCCAGUGUGUCUGGAUCUCCUGAAGGAUCCAGUGACCAUUCCCUGUGGACACAGUUACUGUAGGAGCUGUAUUACAGGCUGCUGGGAUCAGGAGGAUCAUAUGAUUGUCUACAAAUGCCCUCAGUGCAGACAGACCUUCAGUCCAAGACCUGCUUUAGCUAAAAACACCAUGCUGGCUGAAGUGGUGGAGAAACUGAAGAAGAGAGAACUUCCUGCUGACUGUUACGCUGGAGCUGGAGAUGUGCAGUGUGAUGUCUGUACUGGAAGAAAACACAAAGCUGUCAAGUCUUGUCUGGUGUGUCUGGAGUCUUACUGUCAGAAUCACCAUGAAGAACAUGAAAGUUUCUUUAAAAGAAAGAGGCACAAUCUGACUGAAGCCACUGGACGACUGCAGGAGAUGAUCUGCCAAACACAUGAUAAACUCCUUGAGAUUUUCUGCCGCACUGACCAGAAGUUUAUAUGUGUGCUGUGUACGAUGGAUGAACAUAAAAACCACAACACUGUAUCAGCUGCAGCACAGAGGACAGAGAAACAGAAGCAGCUGAAGGAGACGCAGAAGUCGUUCCAGCAGAGGAUCCAGCAGAGAGAGAAAGAUCUUCAGCAGCUGAGAGAGGCUGUGGAGUCUCAUAAGCGCUCUGCACAGACAGCAGUGGAGGACAGUGAGAGGAUCUUCACUGAGCUCAUCAGCUCCAUUGAAAAAAGCCGCUCUGAGGCCACACAGCGGAUCAGAGAUCAGGAAAAGACUGCAGUGAGUCGAGCUGAAGGACGACUGGAGCGACUGGAGCAGGAGAUCAAUGAUCUGAGGAGGAGAGACGCUGAGCUGGAGCAGCUUUCACACACACAGGAUCACAUCCAUUUCCUGCAGAGUUUCCAGUCUCUCUCAGCUCCUCCUGAAUCUACAGACGUAAAUGACGAUCCCUUCAGUUCUCUCUCCUUUUUUGUUGGUGUGAGAGAAUCUGUCCAUCAGCUGAGAGACAAACUGGAGGAUUUCUGCAAAGAGGAGCUCAAGAAGAUCUCUGACAGAGUCACUUUCACCAACAUUGUUCCCAGGACCAGGAACGACUUCCUACAAUAUUCUCAUCAGUUCACUCUGGAUCUGAAAACAGUGAAUAAACGCCUCCAUCUGACUGAGAGGAACAGAGUGAUUACUGGUAUUGACACAGUCCAGCCGUAUCCUGAUCAUCCAGACAGAUUUGAUUAUUACAAACAGGUGUUGUGUAGAGAGAGUGUGUGUGAUCGACGCUGUUACUGGGAGAUUGAGUGGAGUGGAGAAUAUGUGUUUAUAUCAGUGUCAUAUAAGAAAAUCAGCAGGAAGGGACGGGGUAAUGAGUGCGAGUUUGGACGUAAUGAUCAGUCCUGGAGUUUGUACUGCACUCCUGACAGUUACUCAUUCAUACACAAUAACAUAGAGACUGAACUCACCAUAGUGUCCAUCAGCAGUAGAAUAGGAGUGUAUGUGGAUCACAGUGCAGGAACUCUGUCCUUCUACAGCAUCUCUGGAGACACAAUGAGUCUCAUCCACACAGUCCAGACCACAUUCACUCAGACGCUCUAUCCUGGGUUUAGGCUUUGUAAAGGAUCAUCAGUGAAACUGUGUUGAUGAGUCAGAAUAGAUUGUAGAGAGAUUCUACUCAUAAUACUUAGAGCUUAUGAUAAAUCAGUGACUGUCACACACUGGCUUGACUAGAUGAUCCAAGAUAAGAGGCUUGAUGCAGAAAGAUGAUGAACACUUUAACACAACUUUAACACAAGACAAAGAACAUAAAAUGACUGAGGGUUUAAAUAAACUAGAUAACAAGAGACUAAAUGAAGGACAGAUGAUGGUGAUAAGUUGUCAUGGUUAUAAACAAGGGUUGCUAUGGAACUGAACAAGAUAGCAAUGGAAACGGGAUCCAGAAACUAAUUCACAGGCACUACAUGAAGACAGAGACAUACAGGUAAUUCUGACAGUAACAGUGAGAUGUUAUAGAGUCUCUUCAUUACAUUAAUACUACAGCUGAACUUCUGUCACUGAAAAAACAUGUUCAGGUUCUUCCGGUCGAGCCCUAGAGCAAUAUUGGUUGAGUAAACAAUGAGCUCCCACUAAACUCCAUAAUAAAAGUCAGAGAAGGUUUAAGGAUGAGUGAGAAAAACAAGGUCAAGAGCAAGAGAAACCCAGAAAAAAACAGGCAAAGGAAACUAACAGAGAAAAGAGAGGAAAUGUGGGACAGAAGAAGAUGGAGACACAAUGAGACUCACUGCAAACAUGUCUGGAUGAAACCAGCAAAUCCAAGACUUUCAAAACUGAAUUUAACACAUUCAAAGAUGAUCUCAAAAGACAAAUGAAGAGUGAAUUUGCAGAGUUUAAAGAAGACACUGAGUUAGAAGUAACAAGGAAAGAAAUACAGGAACAGAAAGUCAAAGUCGAGGGAAUAUAGACAGAUUGAAGAGAAUGAAUUAAUCGCAGAGUUUAAAGAUCAAUUCCUGUGUAAAUUAAGGAUCUGAGGAUCAAAAACCUAUAAGUGUGUAACUUCAACCAUACAUCUGUGUUGUGCUUUAUUUUCUUUGUUUUAUAUUCAGAAUAAUCAUUUAUCAUCAUCAGUCAUGUAUGUAUUUGUCAUUUGAUUUACACACUUUAUCAUUUCAUCAUUUAUUCAUUUUAUUAUUAUUAUUCAUUUAUUUUUGUAUAUUUUAUGUUACUUAUUUCCUUGUUACUGUAGUUUAAUCUUCUGAUUGUGGGGUUUCACAGAAUGUGGCAUGUUUGUCUUCAUGAAUAAGAGAUCAGAGGAAUAUCACAGUUUCAGGGUUUUAUGGGAUGUUGAUGUGAAGCAGUCUGGAAUAAACACACUUGUUGUAUUUGUGCUGGUCAGAUAGUGAUGUGGGGCCUCAUUUAUAAAAUGUUGCACAGAAACCAUCCUAAAUUUGAUAUUACAAAAUUUCUCAGAUGUGCGUACGUGUGAUUCACCGUACACACAGAAAACAAGUAUACGCCUCUCUUUCAGAUGUGAAAUCUAUAAAUCGCAAAUUAUCUUGAACUUGCGCACAGCUAAAUGGUUUCAGUUCUCUGCGUUGUAAAACGACACUUAACUAAUGUCAUUUACAUAUAAAAGAUCACCAGUCAUUGUCCAAAUGCUUUAAUUUAGAAUGGCAAACUGCAAGAAUAGCUUAGAUUUCCAAAAACCUGCAGUAAUCUGACAAGGAAAAGUGCGUAUGUACAUAUGCACUUUUCCACGUCAAAGAUCGUUUUUUUUAAAUAUGAGCUUUGGUGUGGAUUUAAGCGUACGCACACUCUAAGAUCAAAUUUGUGCACACAUACGCUUUAUAAAUGAGGCCCGCGGAGUCGACUAAAAAAAGAGUAGAUUCUUGGACUCUGAAUAGCCAUAGAGUCAGGCUCGACUCCAGCACAGGAAUCCACUCUCGUUGUCGACUGUUUCUGUGUCUGAAAUCUCUCGCUGACUGAUUCUCUGAUUCCUAAUAUAGUGCAUGGCAGUCGAGUGCACUAUAUCAGCAAGGAGUGAAGGAAAUGAAGCGAGGAAUUCAGACAGUGACGUAUUACACCAUGUGUCAGAAAGCUGGAGCUGAAACAACUUUUACAUACAUUUAUCCUGUAUGCAGCUUACUUUAGAAAUACACUGUGUUUCAAAUUAUUAUGCAAGUGACAUAUCAGUACAAUUUCAGUACAAUAAACAUUCAGAUUUUAGUUUUUAUAA